AAAAUAAAAAUUGCGCUUGCGCUUCAUUGUUUGUUGAAUCUGUCAAAAAUAUAAUUUUAUUAAAUAAAACAAGUAUUAUAAUUGAUUAUAAUGUCUGGAAGUGAUAUAAAACAGGCUCUUCGAAAAUUAGAUUAUCCAAUUUGUGCUAAGGAAGCUUUAUAUCGAAUUGAAAUGUUAUGCAGUCGACCAGGGAAACAAAUGGAUUUGCAAAUUGAUUUAAUGUCAGAAUUUGUGUUUGGCGAAAUUGAGAGACGAAGAAAACGUAAUGUUCCGGCAGCAAUUCAGGAAUUACAAUUAAUUGAAGUAUUGAGUGAUUUCUUCCAAAAUCCAGGAGGAAGUCCAGCUGUGAGAAAUGCAUUAUUUUUAUCGCUCUAUCCAGCUGGUAGUCCACGAUAUAAAGUUUUGGGAAAUUUAGUUUCAUUGGCAAUUUCAAUUCAAAAUAAAGCCGUACUAAAUGCAACGGGAAUUUGGAUGCAACAAUUAGGCUCAACGUCACAAGAAAGUGUUGGUCUAGCGAGGCAUAUACUUAAUGAUUAUUUUGUCCUUACCUCGAAAUCAGUUGACAGACUUCAACUUCUUCCGGUGCUUGCCCCACAUUUUACCGCGAAUCUUCUCACUGCAAUUGGCGAAGUUUAUAAAGACAAAAAUCCACCUACCGACGUUCUUCGAUUAAUCGGAGAUUGGAUUAAUGACAAUCCCAGUCUGUUAUUAACUGCUUUGAUGGAUAAUCCGGCUUUACCCACUGGAGGGAUUCCUAUGACGCCAAUUACUCCAAUUGCCGGUCUCUUCAGAUGGUGUAUAUUGAGUCCGGUGCGAACAAGCGGUGAUAAUUUAAGUCAAACCGAGGAUGAACAGCGACUUUAUUCGAAAAUUCAACAACUCUUGAUGGAUUCAGUGUUGCGAUUGAAGAGCAAUAAUGGAAGUAAUAAACACGCAAUAUCGGCGCAACAUUUGGCAGCAACGACUCGCGCCUUAACAUUGGUUUUACAAAGUUUCACUAAUAUUGAAUCAAUUUCUCGCGAUCUUGCAAUGGAACGAUUAGCGCAAGCUGUCAGUGCAGCAAUGUCAGCAAAUUGUAUAUAUGGAAACAAACAGGAACUUUUGGCUCUCUUACAAUCCUUAUCCUAUCAACAUUUCCUGAUUGAAUGGACACUUCAGACAUAUUCGUCGAAAGCUGCAUAGAAAAAUUUGUAAGUUUGUAAAUUAUGUAUUUAUAUUUACAUAUAUAUAUGUACAUGGAAAUUUGUAUAUUAUAAAAUUAAUUUUUAAUGAAA